AGACAGAAACCGAAGCCUCAUCUUUACAAAUUUGGGCAUCAUGCAUCUGAUUCUCCUAGCUACGCUGGUGCUAGCGGUCACCGCUGUGCCGCUCACGGACCGUGUGCGUUUCCAGCAGCACCAGAAGGUCUUUGAUUAUCAGGUACCGUUCUACAACGAAGGUCUUCAAGAGGGCCGCGAUUCUCUCAAGGAUAACAUUAUUCAGGGCAUAUUCGGUGGUAACCAGCAGGGGAGCCUAGAGGAGGGUGGCUAUUCGCAGGACAACUUCCACUUCCAGAAGAAAGAGUUCGAAAGGUAUCUCAAUGGAAGAGAUUUCGAGAGACUGAGAGAUAGCCACGUUUUAGGACGUUUCUUCUCAAGUGAUUCUCUGCAAAAGUAUUAUCCCUCUGAGAACUUCGUUCAGUUUUUCCGUGAUCCCAACUUUGUGAGAAGCUACGACUUCCAAAGCGAAUACUUCGUCGACUAUGUCACAAGCCCUGAGCUGAGAAAGUAUGUCGAACUACCGGAAUUCCAGGAAUUCCUGCAACACCCUCUGUUCAGACAUUACUACACGAGUGACUACUUCUGGCAGCACGUAGGAAAUAGCCACUUUAACGAGCACUACCAAGACCAUGAGCUCAGACAAUACUUCCAGGACUUCUUCAACCAAGUGUUGCCCGUUCUCAACCUGCAGGGAGGAGACUUUGUCCAACGCGACUCCGUCAGUGAACAUCACGAGCAGUACCUUCGCUACUUCAUCUUGUACGUUCUGCACGACCCAUAUUUCUACUACCACGUGCACCAUUACGGCCGCCAGCACCCUGUUUACCAACAGUACUUCGAGAACGUUGACCACCUUGACGAAGUCUUCCAAUGGUUCCACGACCAUGUUGGAACACCGAGCGUUGGCUAUUCAGAAGUUCAGGAAAGGAAUCAACUAGUUGACCAGCAGAGAGGAUACGAAUAUAAUACCGACACGUACGGAGAUGACUCUACCCAGGGCAAGGGUGACUACUUCCAGAACUCCUAUGGCCAGGACACUAUCAACACCCAGGAAGAGUCAGGCCGCCUAUACAUCUCUCCAGUUGUCAGGAGGUACCUCCAGACACACCCCUACCUGAGGAGUUACAUCCUAAAGGGAUACUUGCCAUCUCAUAUUAGGAGUCAGAUCUUCUCGGAUCUCCAAGGCAAGGUUAGACCAUACCUACUGCAGGUAUUCCGUAACAGCUACCUGCCCCAGCACGUGAGAGAGGUAAUCCUUAGGACCGUGUACAACCAACGCCAGGGAGGAGAGCAGUACCAGCACGAUAGCAACACCCCGGAUUAUGGAUAUAAUACCGACACGUACGGAGAUGGCUAUACCCAGGGCAGGGACGACUACUUCAAGAACACCUAUGACCAGGACACUAUCAGCACCCAGGAAGAGUCAGGCCGCCUAUACAUCUCUCCAGUUGUCAGGAGGUACCUCCAGACACACUCCUACCUGAAGAGUUACAUCUUGAAAGGAUACUUGCCAUCUCAUAUUAGGAGUCAGAUCUUCUCGGAUCUUCAAGGCAAGGUUAAACCAUACCUACUCCAGGGCAUCAUGCAUCUGAUUCUCCUAGCUACGCUGGUUGUAGCGGUCACCGCUGUGCCGCUCACGGACCGUGUGCGCUGGCGACAACACCAUAACGUCUACGACUACGAUAUGCCGAUAUUGGACCCAGAGCCGCAGUACACUAUCGACGAUGACACCACUGACCUGAUGAGUAAGACGCAGGACAUGAACAGAUUUCAUUACGAUGAUACGGAGUUCAAAAAAUUCCUACAAAGUAAAGAAUUCACGAAUCUCAUCCAAAGCGACGUGCUGAAGCGAUUCUUUACGUGGAAUCCCAUUAUGGAGUACCUUACCUCUACGGAGCUCGUUCAAUUUCUCCAGCACCCUGACUUUGUCCGCGACUACCAGUUCCAGAGCAACUACUUUGUGGAUUACAUCACCAGUCCGGAGCUUAGGCGCUGUUGA